AAUCUAAAAAAAAAAAAUGAAGGAGUGUAUAAGAAGCACAUCGAAGUGCUGAGAGCAGCAACAGAAGAAGAAACAGAUUAACAAAGGACAAGUACCACGACAAGUCUGUGUCUUUUGAUCAACUACGGCCUUCAGGUUGAGUUCGUAUUUGUUAAGCCUUCUGUAAGAUACAAAAGGAAAGACAGAAAGAGAGAGCGAAAUAGAGAGAGAGAGAGAGAGAGAGAGAGAGAGAGAGAGAGAGAGAGAGAGAGAGGCAAGACUGAGAGUGAAAGACAAUUGUGAUGUUUGCUCUUCUUGAGGCACUUUGAAGUAAAUCAAAGGCUUUCUGAGACGGAAAACAGACAAUAUAGUGUGCACCAGGCUGAAGACAUAAACGAACAAAGGAAGGUCUAUUUCAUUGUUAGAAGAUCCAUUUUUCGGAGUCAUGGAGCAAAAAUUGGUCCUGAGAGCCGUCUUUUUCUUCGCCAUCUGCCUAACAAGAAGUCUUACAGCAGGAACAGAUGUCUCUCAUCAUUCUAACAAAACACUUCCUCGCUCUACUUCAACCAAAGAAAAGCUGACAGUUUUCAGAAAUGAGUAUGUUGAACUGGGCACCACUGUCUCCUUAAACUGCACCAACACAAAGAUUGCUUGGCAGGAUCUGAUUUUUGUCAUCUGGAAAAUUUCUCUUCGAGACAAAAAUUGCACCAUUGCUAUGGCUAAAAAUGACUCUGACCAUGACACCUGUCAAGAUGGUAAAAGGCUGAAUCGCACAGCAGACGGAGUAUACCAGCUGAUCAUUCCACAUUUUUCUUUUAAAGAUGAAGGAAAUUACACCUGUGACAUUUCCUAUGAAUCAGGUGGUUGGUUGGAAAAUAUAAUUGUCUCUGGAUUCGCUAAACCAAAGCUAACUGGCUGGCUGGAAAAUGAGAAUGGAGACAAUGUCGCUGUGUGUGAAGCUAAAAGCAACUCGCCAGUCUCUGUCUCCUGGGAAGCACCUUGUAAUUCAUCCAUUCCCAUCACACAAGCAUAUGCGACUACAGGGCAACUUUUCACAGUAAUCAGUCGCUUCCACCUUGAUUGUGACCUUAGUCAUACAAACCUUACUUGUGUGGCCACUGUCAAUAACAACAAACACAUCAAGGCUCAAUUUAGCAACUUCGAAUUAAGAGAUGCACCUGUUAAAUGGCAUAUUAUUAUCUUGCCAGUUUGUGCCUUCUUCAUCUGUGCAGCUAUUGUCUUUGUACUCUGCAAGAUGCGCAAACAUCUCAAACCAUUAAGCAUUUUCAGAAAGAUUUGCUGCAAAACUGACAUCCCUGCGACAACAGAAGAAAAACCUCAACAGCCCUAUGAGCCUGAAGAAUUACAACCUUACGCCAGUUAUGUGCAAAGAGUAAACUCCAUCUACAACUCUUCUGCUGAUCUAUUCAGUGCUUGAAUCACCCCGGUCUGAUAUGAAAACACCAAGACGUUCUUGAGCUUUAACACAAGCAGAUCUCUGAUGUGCUCUUCCGUCACGAACUGUCAUGGUGUUUUCGUUCGGCAAAUGCAGAUUCAUCGGGUGCACACCUACUCUGUGGAUAAAAUUACACACGAGUCCUAAUACUCUUGGUAAUGAGAGCUGAUGAAACCCCUUCAAAAGAACAUCCUCCAACGUGCAGACUCCGAUGAGUGAAACACAAACCAGACUGAGUCAAAGCGAAAGAAGGAGUGGAAACUGAAGGAUUGUUCUUAUAAUUUGGAAAUUUUCUGCUCUUAAUUCAAUUCACCUACAUUGAGGGCAGAAUUAUCAGGAUGACAAAGCAAUGAACGUGGGAACAUUUUAUAUUAGAAGUAAAAUUUACUUUCUCCUAGUGAGACUUUCCAGUAUGGAGUUCGCAGAGCUGGUGCAAUAUAUUGUAUUUUGAGUAAAGAAAUAUUUUAAACCAGCCAGAAACCUGUCUCAGUGCUGGCUUCAGCAUUUUAGAAGCCGUGUGCUUUCUCAGGCAAAAAAAAAAAAAACCAAACAGCUAAUUUACAGAAUGCGAGGUGUGAAAGAUGCAUGUUUACAUUCGGUAGCAGUUACUUUCACUUCACAACUAUAUCUAGAAUUUUAGGUCUGUAAAUUUACAUUCUUGGGCUUGUGAGCCAAAAGAAAAAAGUGGGCAGGACCAUGGGCUCUUUGGUGGAAAUAUUUGAGGGUUUUUUUCUUGCCAUCGCAUGGUGAACAUAAAAAAACCCUACCAACUUGUGCAAUGACAUGAUAAUGGCAAAAAAUCUGCAAGCAAUUAUAUCUUAAACGAACACGUGCUCACUUUGAACUCGUCACAUAUGGAUCUCUUGACGUCACCUUUGGACGUGCGGGGAUUCCCACAGACUUCGACCCCUUUGACAUGAUUCUGUAACGUGCAGGGAUUCCCAUUGAUUUAAAUAGAACUCUGAACUUGACGUGUUAGGUAAGCAGACUUCCCCAAGGUCAUAUUUAUCCAGCCCUCAAACAUUCAUUUUAAAAUUUACUCGCUAUCUGAUCUGCCGUAUGUAAAACAGAGUUCAGCAACACGUUCUCACUCCCAACUAACCCUAACUAUAACCCAUUCUCACUCACCCUAAUCCUAAAAAAAGAGCAAAAGGGUACCCGGGGGCAUCAAAAAGUGACGCCAAGGCAUCUUGACGAACGUGUCCAUGUGUGAUGAGUUGUGAGUGAGAACUUGAACAUGGCAAAUGUAACUGUUAUUCUGUAUUUUGCUUAUUAUACAUCACAUGUAACAUUAAUGAGCUUGUUUCAGCCUGAUACUUUGAACCAUUUCACUUUAAAAUGCUGAAAUAAGAAGCAUCUGGCCAGAGAACCAAAAAUUCUAGACGCUUGAGUGUAGUAAAAAUGUCUAGCAAUAUAUAUAUAUUAUUUUUUUUUCAUCAUAAUCUUAUAAUAGGAAAUGUUUGAUGCAAUUGACCAUAUUCGAUGUUUAUGCUUAAGUAUCCACGUAACAAUUUUUCUCAAAGAGUUGGAAUUUUCACAAAUUUUACAAUGACAACUGUAACAAACAGACUUGUACUGUAGCAUUCUACUUGUUAUAUAUACAUUUUAUUCAUAUGUGACAGUAAAUGCAGUUAACAUGCUGUUUACAUGAUAUGGUGUAAUUAUUAUUAAUAUGUAGCAUAUUACUCAAUAGACACGUCCUGUACACAGGUUGAAAUGUAAAUGGCUAAUGAUCAGAAUCACUCGUUUUCAUCACCAUAUUCGAAAACAAAGUGAUUCUGUACUAGUAUUUCUGUUUCUAAUUCAGUUUGACAGCCUAAGACUAAUUUCCCUGUGUCUUUCACACGUUAGAAUCAAAGUAUUUUUUUCUGUCAUCAUUCUGUUGCUGAACAGAUGCUGAAAAAUCUUUUUUGAUACUUUCAAAGACCUCACACCGACGCCUCUGUGAUACAUCCUAUGAUGAGGGAGUAAACAUUAUGCUCAAAUUUUUAUAAAUCCAUUAAACAAGUGAUAGAGAUGAAAAAGAAACGUAAAAUUAUUAAUUGAUUCUUGUAGGCAGUUCAACUGCACAGUUUCUGAUAUAUGUUUUUUUUAUUAGACUUCUUCUCAUAUUAUCAUUAAAAAAACUGUAGUAAUGUCUCAUCCUGACCAAUUUACAGAACAGCAUGUAUUUACGUUUUCUGAAUGAAUAAUACCACAGCAAUUUUCAUUCACAGACAAUAAAACCUUGUUCUUUUUA